AUGGAAACUUUAGAUUUGCAACCAACCGCCUUACGUAGUCCACACGUUAAAACUUCAUUGAUUGAAGUGACACAUAAAUUACCUACAAGACCACCAUGUCGUGUUUUCUUUAAGAAUGAAUUAGAGCAACCAAGUGGCAGUUUCAAAUUAAGAGGAAUCGGAAAUUUAGUACGCACAUCGAUUGAAAAAGCACAUAGAGAACAUCCUAAUAAAACAAUUCAUGUAUUUGCAUCAAGUGGUGGUAAUGCCGGUUUAGCUGCCGGGUACCUGGCUUAUUUUUACAAGGUCAAAUGUACCGUCGUAUUGCCUGUUAUUUCUAAGAAGUCGGUCCAAGACAAAUUAAGAUCUUAUGGUGCUGAAAUUGUCUUAUUUGGUAAUACAAUUAAUGAAGCUGAUCAACAUUUAAAGAACUUGUUGAACUCAAUAGAUUUGGAACAGAUUUAUCCUAUCUACUGUCAUCCUUUUAAUAACCCAUUAAUUUGGGAAGGACACUCAACUUUGGUAGAUGAAGUAACAUCUCAAUUAGGAACAAAAAACAUAAAAGGUAUGGUCUGCUCAUUUGGAGGUGGAGGUUUAUACAAUGGAAUUUAUCAAGGAAUGGAAAGAAACAACAUAAAUGGAGAAAUGUUAUUAAUUGAAACUUUACAAGCCCCAACUUUAACUGAAACAUUACAGGCUGAUAAAAUUAUCACCUUAAGUUCAGUCAAAUCAUUAGCCACAUCCUUAGCAUGCUCUUAUACCACCGAAAAGUCAUUAGAAUACUUCAAGAAUAAAUCACAAAUCCACUCUAAAUUAGAGACUAUAGAUGACAUUGAUUCUUUAAGAGCUUGUGUUGCUUACAAUAAAAACUGCAAGAAGGUAGUGGAACCUGCAUGUGGUGCUGCUUUGACAGUCGCUUACAAUAGAAUGGAUUUAUUAUAUAAAUCAUUCAGUAAUUUGAAACAAGACGAUGUUGUCGUUAUUGUUGUUUGUGGAGGUUCAUGUACAACAGACAAAGAUCUUGAUGAGUUUCAAAGGAUCAUCAGAAGAUCUGAAAUUAAGUUGUAG